AUGGCACUAACAAAAAAACAGCUGAUUAUUAUUGGUAGUAUACUAACUAUAGUGAUCAUAGGCCUUAUUGUUGGUAUUACUGUUGGAAUUGCUGUUGGUAGACAAAAAUCUACUCCAUUAACAGUUGAACAACAAGCAUAUCAAAUACUUGAAAAGAAUCCAUUAAUCGAUGGACACAAUGAUUUGGCUUGGCUUAUUCGGGCUAACUUUCAAAAUAAUAUAAAUAAUCUUGACUUAUAUAAUAUGACACAAUACCCCGUGAAAAAUGAUACACCAUCACAUACAGAUAUACCACGGUUACGACAAGGACAAGUUGGAGGACAAUUUUGGUCAAUCUAUACGAAUUGUAAACAUCUAGGAAAGGAUGCAACAAUAAGUUUUUUGGAACAAAUUGAUAUUAUGAAUCGAAUUAUAGCUAAAUAUUCAGAUGUAUUUCAAAUGGCUACAACAGCUGAAGAAGUUCGACAAGCAUUUUCUGCUAAACGUAUAGCAAGUUUAUUUGGUGUUGAAGGUGGACAAGCUAUUGAAAGUUCAUUUUCUAUUUUGAGACUUUUCUAUCAAUUGGGUGUACGAUAUAUGACAUUAACACAUAAUUGUAAUACUCCAUGGGCUGAUCAAAAUCAGGUCGAUCGAGUUAAUUCAACAUUAAUAAAAAACAAUGGUUUAACAGAAUUUGGUAAAAAAAUCGUAAUAGAAAUGAAUCGACUUGGCAUGUUAGUCGAUCUAUCACAUGCUUCAAAACAAACAAUGAUUGAUGUACUUAAUAUAACUCAAUCACCAGUUAUAUUUAGUCAUUCAUCAGCAUUUUCAUUAUGUAAUCAUACACGAAAUGUUCAAGAUGAUGUACUUGAAUUAGUCAAAAAAAAUCAAGGUAUCGUUAUGAUUACAUUUGCACCUAUUUUUAUUACAUGCAAUUUGACAAAUGUUGGAACAGUAGUUGAUGUUGCUGCACAUAUUAAUCAUAUAAGAAAUAUUGUCGGUAUUGAUAGUAUAGGUCUUGGUGGAGAUUAUGAUGGUAUUAGUGAAACACCGAAUGAUCUUGAAGAUGUAUCAAAAUAUCCAAAAUUAAUUGCAUAUUUAUUAUCACAAGAAAAUUGGACACAUGAUGAUAUAAUUAAACUUAUUGGUGGAAAUAUUUUACGAGUCAUGGAAAAAAAUGAACAAAUAGCAAAAGAACUUCAAAAGACAAUGAAACCACAGGAAGGUUUAAUAGAUCGUAAGGAAUUAGAAGUACAUAAUCUGACACAAUGUCGUAAUUUGGAUAUGUAUCCAACAAAAUAA